AAGCUUUUUAAGGUGAGAGAUUCCAUAAUUUUGUGAUUUCCUCUUAGAAUAUAAUUCAUUAGCAAACGUCUGUCAAUUAUUGAGUCGAGAAUCACGUAGAUACGACGUCAUUGUGUGAAACUACUAGCGAUAACGUGCCUUUCUGUUCUAUCUUAGACGCCCUCCGUAUAAAGAUCCUCAGCUCAGCGAUCGCUCUGUCCAGUCCCGUAUUGUCUGCUGAAGUUGCCGCGUUCCUUCGUCGAUCUUUGUUCUUUUCGUCUUAAAUUAAAAAAAAAUGGCAUCUCCUCGCGCCGGAGGACAUCGCGAGGUCGAGAACCUGGACGAUCCGGUGCACCACGAGCACAUCCGGGCGGCGCUGGCCACGGACCAUGCCGGGCGUGAGUACAAGCUUGUGCGGGCUACCACGCAGGUCGUGGCCGGAUCGCUGCACACGUACUACAUUCACUUUGACGGGGAUGACGAGGGAGAGCUGUACAAGAUUACCGCCUGGAGUCGUCCCUGGCUGAAGGAACCGACCGAGGCGCUGCAGGUGACCUUCGUCGGGAAGCAUGUGGAGAAGGAGUGAGGUUGUGGGUGUGAUGUUUUUUUAUCUGCUUGUUAAUAAAGAUUUUUGCAUGUGUUCAAAACA